UUCUAUUCUAUAUUUUUAUAUAAAUCACUGUUGUGUACGUAUACGUGUAGGAAAAUAGUGUUGUUUAGGAAAUUUCUGUUAUUCAUGCACGUUUUAUCAAGAAUAUGCAUAUUUUUGCUGUGUUGUAAAUCAUUAAACAAUUAGGAAUACAUUAUUUAUAUUAGUAGGAAUUUAAACUAUAUAUAAAUAAGAACUGUUUUUCUCAAAAUCAAUUAUUAAUAUUAAAAUUUUGAAUUCAGUUUAUAAAAGUAAAUUAACAAAUAAGGAACAUGUCCAGCACAUCGCAAAAGCAUAAAAACUUUAUUGCAGAGCCAAUGGGUGAUAAACCUGUUACAGACCUUGCUGGAGUUGGAGAAGUUCUAGGGCGUAGAUUAGAAGCUGCUGGCUUUGAUAAAGCAUACGUAGUUCUUGGGCAAUAUUUGGUCUUGAAGAAAGACAGGGAAUUAUUUCAAGAAUGGUUAAAGGAUGUGUGUUCAGCUAAUGCAAAGCAGUCUAAUGAUUGUUAUCAGUGCCUUUCCGAUUGGUGUGACGAAUUUUUGUAAAAUAAUUAUAAAGUUUAAUGUUAAUAUUAUAAAACGGAAACUGUUAUCAGAAUCUUUAUUAUAAUAUUUUAAUGCAAAAUGUAAAAACAAUUUCACUUUUGUGAAUUGAAUAUUUUAGACAAUUUUAACAUAAUGUAAUGAGAGUAACAAUAAGAAAAACAUACUUCAAAGUUUUGAAUAAAUGUAAUAUAGUUUCAUUUACUGCUAACAAUGAUUAAUGUAGUUAGUAAUAGCUUAAUAGUAGCAGGCUAAUUCUUAUGUUAUCAUUAAUUUUCGAUGAGAUUUUAUUUAUUUUUUAAUUAAUUAUAUACUCUUUAAAUCAUUAUAUUUUCUACAUUUUGCAUAUAAAACUGUGUAAACUAUUCAGUAUAUAAAUGUUUUACUUGUAAGACUAUUUCACUUUUUAUGUUUCUCGUUACAAAAAAUUUUAAAGGAUAAGUAAAUUUUAUUUUUGGGUAUAAUAUCUAAUAACUAAAAUGUU